AUGAAUAAAAGACCAUUUAAUAAUAAACAAGAGAAAAAAGUAAAUAAAACAGUAACAGCUGGGUCACCAAUAGAUAGGUUUUUAAAGAAAUCAAAACAUACAAAUAAAACACUUCAUAAUAGUAAUAAUCAUAAUUAUAAUAAUAAUAAUACUCAUAAUAAUAAUAGUCAUAAUGAUAAUCAUUUUAAAAAACAAAAAACAAAUGAUAAUCAUGAAAUAUCGAAUAGAAAGAAAAGAAGAGAAUUUGAAAAGAAAGAAUUAAUUACUUUAGAAACACUCAGUAAAGAUGAUAAAGAAUUGUAUUGGAGAAAACAAAAUUUAAAGAUUUUAGAAGAGAACAAACAAUUAUUAACAGGCAAAGAUAGUAAAUUUAAUAAUGAGUUAUUGAAAAAAGUUAAAAAGCAAAAUUUAACCGAUACUCAAUUAAUAGAUUUAUCAGAAAAAGUAAAUAUGGUAGUAGAGCAAGCCAAAUGCUAUCGUGAUCGUACAGUUAUACUCAGAAGAAUGGAUGAAAUUAAAUACGAUAGGCAAUUAAUACCUUAUGGCAAGAUUGAGUUCAGGAUAUUUGGUUCAUCAUCGGUAGAUUUAGCAUUAAGCAAAAGUGAUAUCGACAUGGUAAUGAUUGUAGAGAAAAAUUUAAAGAACAAUGAAAUGCGUCAAUGGGUUUACAAAAUGGCACAGGUACUUAGAUUCUAUGGUAUGGAAAGAGUGCAACCAAUUCCAUUUGCAAAGGUCCCAAUUAUAAAAUUUUACGAUCCAAAAACUCAAUUCGAUUGCGAUAUCACAUUGACUAAAGACUCUGGAAACACACAGGUUGUAAGAGAAUUUUGUAAUCACUCCCCAUCCCUUUUACCAUCAUUAGUUAUAUUUUUAAAACAUUGGGCUUCAAAACAUGGUAUAAACGACGCAUCAUUAGGAACAUUAUCUUCAUACUCAAUUACCAAUAUGAUCAUACAUAUACUUCAAUUAAAAAGCCGUUUAUUACCAUAUAAUCAAUUAAAAGAAUCAGAUCAAUCAUCUUUAGAAAUAGCGGAAACAAAAUCGAAAAAGAGUGAACUUGCAGAAAUUUUAAUUUUCUUUUUUCAAUAUUAUGGUUACAUUUUCAAUUAUAGAUACUCAAUGAUAAAUAUUGCAGAGGAUACAAAAGAUCCAAUAAACAAUAAAAAACCAAUCGAGAAUGAUAAAAAUAAUAGUGACAGAUUUUCAAUAAAUAUAGGCCCAUGCAAACUUUCAUAUAACGAUAUGAAAGAUUUAUUUUAUAUAAAAGACUGUGUAGAAGGUCAUAAUGUAACAAGAUGUAUACAAAGAGAUAAAUUAUUAAUUAUAAUCAAAGAAUUUCAAAGAGCUUAUAUAAAUUUAAUCUCUGGUAAAUUACCAUAA